AUACAAGGGCAUAACAUAAUGUUAAGGAAGCUGAAGACACUAACAAGAAAAUCCUUUAAAAAUAAUUUAGGAAUAGAAGUUCAGAAGUCCAGGAUUGAGGGAAUUUAAAAAUCCAGGAUGCUGAAUCUUUAUCACCAUGACUCGUCCAGUUGUAAACAUAAGAGCAGAUAUACGCAAAUAUGAGAAAAUGGCAAAACAUUGCAUUUUCAUCUUUUUUGUUGGGUUUUCUGUUUCACUGUUCGUACUAAACUUUGGAUGGUUUUAUACAUCCGAGUAUGGCUCAUAUACAAUAUCGAACAGUAAGGAAUACACACUGAAAUAUGGCUCUGGAUGUCCAUUGAUUAAACAAUUUGCUGGUAGGACAGGAAAUCAAAUGUUCAUGUUCGCAUCUGCAUUUGCAAUCGCGAAGAAAAAUAAAAUGACAUUGCACGUUUCGACGAAAUUUCCUCUCAGGCGUAUAUUCCGGCUGAAAUGGAUUGAAUAUCGACCAACGGACAUUUUGAACAAGAUGGUGGUAAAUAAUGUAUCAGAUAAUGGUGAAAGUGCAACGUUUCAUCUCGAUUUAAUGACAAUUAAUAUGUGUAACACCCAACUAAGUGGAUAUCUUCAGUCCUGGAGGUACUUCAGUACAUACACAUCAGAGAUCAAGGCACAGUUUCAGUUCCAAGCAUCAAUAGCAAACCAAGCACAGGAUUACAUAAAAGAGGUAAUGAAGAUCCACAAUGCAUUCAUAACUGUAGGAGUUCAUGUCAGAAGGUACAAACUUGAUCGUCCUGGAGCCAAAACUAAAGGUUAUAGAACACCUCCAGUGGAGUACUACCAUAAUGCCAUUGACCAUUUCACAAAUCUUUACCAUAAUCUAAACAUUGCUUUUAUAAUAUGUACAGAUGAUUAUUAUUGGGUUGCUCAAAAUUUAAAUCGCAGUGAUGUCACCCUCUGUAAUACCCAUAAUCCCGCAGCGUUGGACUUAGCGAUUUUAUCACAAUGUAACGCAAGCAUUAUGUCCAUAGGUAGCUUUGGCUGGUGGGCAGCCUACUUAUCUGAAGGGCCUGUAGUCUACUAUGGUGGCAACCCUAUACCUGGUAGUGAUAAUGAUCAGAGCAUGGUUAGGGGAGACUACUUCCUUCCCCAUUGGACCAGUAUGUUAGAAUGAGUAAUAUACAAACGUUCAGUAUAUAAAAAGUUGAAAUAAUUGAAAAAGAUCGAGGUAAAAUUGUUCUGUGAGAAGUUUGAGAAAAUGGGCAUUCAAAGUAACCAGAAACUACAAUGAGUGAAAUAACUAGUGACUCUACUUUGAAUGGUGAAUGGUGAGCACAUUAUUUAGACAUAACAUUUGCUCUAACGCGGCUGUAUGGUGGCGGUAGCUUCACAAAAUCGAUACAGAAAAUCUACAUCAUACUGCUUUUGCCUCCAUUAUGCUGCAUAUUUCUCUCGAUUUAGGAAAGCUAUGGCCGGCAUAAAGCAAAUGCGACUGAAGCAUUACCUGAAUUUUAUCACACCAGCCUGCAAAGUAUCGGAAUGUAUCGAUAGACAUGCCUAUAUGUGUCUUGAGAGCUAGGGUAUAUACAGCACCACUGUCAAUGGACUCCAGUGUAGCAAGUUCUUCUUUAUGUUCAUCCAUCAGAUCUGCAAGUCUGAAGUAAUAAAAAGGGGUUACUUCAAAAUGUAAUUUAUCAAAUAUAUAUACAGGGUGUCAAAUAAAUAUGUUCUCAACUUAUUAGUUUUACCAUCCACAUAAUGUUGCAUUAAUUUUUUGUCUGUAGGAUAUCUGAAUUGUGCUUUAGCACAUUAAAACAAGGCUUCAUGGAGGAACUCCACAAGAAUUUUCAGAUGAUUAGCUCAACUAGUUGCACUUUUAUGCACAAAAGUUCAUUCUUUUGAAAUCGAGGGGGAGAACAUAUUUAUUUGAUACACCGUAUAGUUCAUAAAUAAUUAUAAUGAUGGACAUUUGGAGGAAAUAUGUCACCACAUGUUAAACAAUUGCAAUACAACAUGACAUACAACAGAAUUUCAGAAGUUUUUAUUGUGUUUAUAUUAACCAUUUCAUGGAAUAAAAUUGUGUAGAAUUUGAAAGUUAAGCUUUAUUACAAUACAAAAAAAAUAUGUCAAUUGCCCUAUAACACUAUUGACAUACUCAUGAAACAAAUGAAAGGUAAAUACACAUAUACUGUACUUAAUGGA